AUGGCUGAAGCCUACCUAUGCAUUCAGCUGGCGUCGACAUUGUUCUUGGCCGGGCGGUGGGUAGCGAAUCGGUAUUCUGCUCGCCGCCGGCGGGAGACAGAAGAUUACAAUAAACCGGGCGCAGGCGACACCAGCGUGGAGAUAAACGUCGAGUUCGGUCCCGAAUGCGACACCGUGGAAGGCGCGAUCAUGGCGGUUGGGACGGAACUGGCCAUGAAGGCGCAAAGAAAGUUUUUCGGGUCAAGAACGCUGCGCCAGCGGGCCAUUACCGGCUUGUCACCAGAGUUCGCCACACACCGACGUCAGAUGCAGCUCGGUCUUUCGGAGCUGGUCGCCAGACAAGGGCGGACCAGUCAGGCCCUAGCGGAAGGGUUUUUGGACGUGCGGGGCGACUUUCGUGAUCUGUCGGAAACUGCUGCGAGCCAACAAUCGGCCAUCCAAGCCGUAGCGGACGAACUUGUGGGCGUUGGCAAUGACUUUCGUUACGGCACAGAUCAGCUGAUCAAAGGUGUGGCUGCCGUGCAUACGGAUCUAGACACCGUUAUCGAGAACGUGGAGGGAGUGCGGAACGAAGUCGUGACCGGGUUACUGGAGGUGAACCACACUUUGCGCCAGGGGACGGCAGUGAUUUACAGGUCCCUGCAAGACUUGCGGUGCGUUAUGGGCGAGCUCCAAUUGUCCAUGGACCAGGCUCGAGAAGAAAACUCUCUUUAUUUCCAGGACGUGUCGUCGAGACUGAACGACGUCAAGUCGGGGCUGAUCGCCUUGGAAGCGACCUACGUGAUGCGGGAACAGCAAAAGGAACUAUCAAAACUCCAGAAUUCGUUGAGCGAGGCCGGGAUGUACCUCAACCAGUUUACAGGUACCGGAGGGGAAGACCUUGGACUCCUUGACAAGGCGCACACCUGUUGCUGCAAGGUACUUAGGCUAAGGCCUCAUCUGGAAACCCUGGAUGCCCAUAAAAUGGCCGGGAUCAUCAUGGUAGCAACCAGUUACAGAAAACAUGCCCAGCUAAAGCCUCCGGCCACGGCCAAGCAGUACGUUUUCGACUCCGAUUUCCUGAACAUCACGAACUCGUUGAAACAUUUCUGGGCCGACCACGCCGCGGCGCACACACCCACCUGGAGCAACGUCGUGUGCUACCUGCUGGACUGUGUUGCUCGCAACCCUCCCUGCUCGACCGUUUCCCGGAAGUGGGAGGGGCGGCAUGGAGGGCUCUCCUUCAGGCUAAGCCCCUCGACGAGCUCUGUCGCACGUCAAACGCCGCGGAAGUGGACAUAUCCUUGUGCAACAACAAGGCAGACCUCAUCCAAGCUCUGCUUGACGCCGGGAAGCCCGUGGGUGCGUUGACCCAAGUCAUCGAGAACGGCGGGUGCAAAACUUGCUACCACCGAAAGCCGGACAAUUUCGACGAAAACAUUGGGAACGAUCGGAACAGCGCUUACAGCGACGGUGAGGUGUAUGAGUCUGAGGAAGCGAAGCUAGCGGCAAGCUUAGCGUCCGUGUACGAGAACAAGCGUUCCCCAAGACUUGACCCCAGAGCUGAGCCCAGCGACACGGCGGCUAGCGACAUGGAAGAUUUUCUAGCGAGAAGCCCAGCAUGGUAAAAAGCGCCGCAGGCGCUGGCGGAGGUCAAAGCGCCCAACCUUGCGACCAAUGUAGGAUAAAACCGCCUCUGGAAGCGGAAGUUCCUCGUUUCUUCGGGGUGGUCGCGCUCAGAUUAGCACUAGGUAGCGUGGUGGGGGCAUGUGUCUUACCCCAGUUAGGCCAGGGUCAGGUCUAUACAUGGAGGAGGAGUGAUCGGUGCAGAUUUAAGCCCACCCCCCUUCAAGUCGAUCUUUUGUUCGAGGCUCGCGGGCUUGAACGUCUUCCUGACGAAUUCGUGCCAAAGCAUUUGGCCUAAUUGUUGUCGUUUAAUCCCGUCUCUUCCAUUGCAGCCAUUACCAGAUGUGAAUACUGCUGGAAGUGUCUGUUUUCUUUUUCCGGUGUUCCUAAUAUUUUUAAGCAUGGCUGCAAGACUCGCCAUGUACCAGCAUGCAGCGGGGGUAGAGCCUGGCCGGCCAAAACAAGGCAUGGAAUAUUUCGGCAUAGUACGGAUAUGAGGGGUGCAUUGUCUUUGAUGGCUUGUUGGCAAAAUGCAGAAUUCGUAUCACCCGUGCCUUGAUCUUUGCAAACAUGUCCGACCUUUGCAUAGGCGGGGAGAAAUAUUAGAAUGUCAAGCAUCGCGAGGUGAUUCUCGAUACGCGUGAUUUUGGUUUUGUACGCAUGAUUUAUUUCUUGGUCUCGUAUGUCGAGUGGGAACGGUGGGGUCUGUGUGCUUAUUUAUUUUGUGCUAUAUCGCUUUGUCCGACAUGUCUUGCACGUGCUAUUGUCAGGCGGCGACGCAUGAACAUAUCAAGAUUUA